UGAGUCACAUACAUCGUCGUGGUGUGGGUGCUGCUCUGGUCGUGCUUAUUGUUCCGAUGGUGGCAGAUUAUUCCGGGUUGACGACGACGACGACGAGAACAAAACUCCGGGUGCAGACAAAAGCAGUUUUUAGUUGGUGGUUUCAUUCCUGGGCAGAACUUCGGGCCGAGAGCAUAUAGCGAGUCUAAUAUCCAGCCGGAAACUACUACCACCAGACCACCACCACUAACUACCACCUGCCUGCCUGACUGUCUGACUGCUGUCUACUUUGUAUUCUCGUUCAGUCUCUGACUAAUAAUAGAGUUAAAUUAAUCGGAAACUAUUUCUCCAGGGGGAGGAGGAAGGAGGGGGUGGCGUUUUUUGUACAUUUGCUAAAACCAAGCCUUGUACAAAAGUUAGUUUGAGUUGUGAGAGAGAGAAUCUGUAGAGAGAGACUCACUUUGUACAUAUUAUAUUGGGUUGGAGGCAACAGCGACCCGCCCCAGACUUCCAGACGACCGGAAGGAGCCGAAAUCUUUGAAAAAACUUAAAUUCAACGAUAAAAUAGACAUCUCUCAGCCUAUCUAUACUACCUGCAUCGCUUCUCGGCUGGUUGCACUAUAAUUGAAGCCGACUAUCUCAACCUGCACUGCAUAGUAGGACGGACUGCACUCUACUUAUUUAUACUGCUCAAUUAUUUGAAAUUGAAGACAUAGUGCAUAGGAAACAGUCAGGAUGGCUCGCGUAAAUUUGACGAAUGCCUCAUCUUCGGGGAGUGGGAACCGAUUCUCGAGCGUUUUUAAUAGCAAAUAUCCCAUGAAUUACAACCCGGAUUACAUGACAUUGUUCGAGUUUGAAAAGUAUGAAGGACACGAAAGCGUCCGAAUUUGGAUGUAUGACCAUUGGCAGUGGAGUGUCUACGCGUCUGGGAUUUAUGUAGGGUUGGUUUUCGGGGGACAGUGGCUGAUGCGAAAUCGUGAACCCUUCAAACUGCGAAGACUAUUGACAAUUUGGAACAUUUUCCUUGCCGUCUUCUCCGCCAUUGCAUUCCUACGAAGUAUUCCUGAACUGUUGGUAUCUAUCCUGGGCCCGAAUGGAAGUUUACAUAAGAGUGUCUGUUUUCUCGAGAAUCACAACCCGGCUACAAGUUUAUGGGGCCUUCUCUUUGCUUUGUCAAAAAUCGUCGAGUUUGGAGAUACCGUAUUCAUUGUAUUGCGGAAACAACCUCUGAUAUUCCUCCACUGGUACCAUCAUGUGACCGUUUGCAUGUUCUGCUGGUUCGCUCACGGAAGUCAUGACCCCACUAGUCGUUGGUUUGCUGACAUGAACUUGUUUGUUCAUUCGCUGAUGUAUACUUAUUAUGCUCUUCGAUCGUUGCAAAUCAAACUGCCUCAAACUCUAGCUCUGAGUAUUACUUGCCUUCAAAUUACUCAAAUGUUGGUCGGAAUUGUGAUCAGUUUUCACUCUUACUCUGUCAUUGUGAGCGGUGAAGAGUGCCACCGACCGCUAUCAAACAUCUACGCAAGUCUGGGCAUGUAUGCUACGUACUUUCUCCUAUUCGCCAACUUCUUCUACAAGGCGUACAUGACCAAGUCAAAGAAGAGAAAGACAGCAUAAAAGCCAGCUACACCUGCUACCAAAAACUGCGUUUUACUGAUCUACUACUCAAGUCAAAACUCCAGUGACCAUUACAUAAUAAUCUAUGCAUAAUACUUUCUACUACUGUACGUUACCUUUAUGAAUGUUUCUAAUAAACUUAUGGCUUACAGCAAUA